GGGGUUAAUAUGUAACCUUGGAGCCAUUAGGGGAGACAUAAUAAACACCCAAACGGUUUGGUUCCUGGGUCCCUGUGCCUCAGGAUUCUAGCUUUUCCUCCCUCCCUCGCUCCCACUUCUACUUUCCCCUCUGCUUCCACCCCUCAGCACAAACACCUCUUCACUUCCUCCACAGGCUUUCAGCUUGCCUCUUUUUUUGCCCAGGGUCUGCCUAUUUUCCUCCCAAAGCAACUGCCUUACACCUUUGGAGGGCGAAGGAGACCCUCGCCACAGUGAGGUCAGGCUGACACCUAGUGGCCCGUAUCCGCAACUACUUCAGACACUGACUGGCUUGGAGAGAGGGUCACCCCAGCUGUCUGGGCAAAUCCGCAGUCUUCCCCGCCCCAGCCUUCAGGGAGCCAGGAGAAGAAGGCUGAGACUGUCUGUGGGAGGAUUGUGACAGCCGCUUGGCCCCAGGAACCCAAGAGCGGGCUUAGAGGAUAAGUGAUGAUGGGUGACUCAACAGUUCCUAAGCGCCACUUGUGGGGGGCGUGGGAGAGAACAGCCCGAGGAAGCGGCCUAGAGGGUGGACAGACAGAGGGCAGGAAGGGCCAUCAUGCUCCCACUGCUGCACCCCGCCUUGCCGCUGCUCCUGGGCGCCACGCUGACCUUCCGGGCGCUCCGGCGCGCGCUGUGUCGCCUACCCCUGCCUGCGCACGUGCGCACCGACCCCCUGCGCACUUGGCGCUGGCACAACCUACUCGUCUCUUUCGCGCACUCUAUUGUGUCAGGGAUCUGGGCGCUGCUGUGUUUAUGGCAGACCCCGGAGAUGCUGGUAGAGAUUGAGACAGCAUGGUCACUUUCAGGCUAUUUGCUUGUUUGCUUCUCCGCAGGGUAUUUCAUCCAUGACACAGUGGAUAUUGUGGUUAGUCAUCAGGCUCGAGCUUCUUGGGAAUACCUUGUUCAUCAUGUUAUGGCCAUGGGUGCCUUCUUCUCAGGCAUCUUUUGGAGCAGCUUUGUAGGUGGGGGUGUUCUAACACUACUGGUGGAAGUCAGCAACAUCUUCCUCACCAUCCGCAUGAUGAUGAAGAUCAACAAUGCCCAGGAUCUUCUCCUCUACAGGGUCAACAAGUAUGUCAACUUGGUCAUGUACUUUCUCUUCCGCCUGGCGCCUCAGGCCUACCUCACCAAUUUCUUCCUGCAGUAUGCAGGUCAGAGGACCCUGGGAACCUUUCUAUUGGGCAUCCUGCUCAUGCUGGAUGUAAUGAUCCUCAUCUACUUUUCCCGCCUCCUCCGUUCUGACUUCUGCCCUGGACUGGUCCCUGGCCAGCAACACAAAGACAAAUUUUUGACUGAAUGAGGUGUAGAGCUUGGAACCUGUGACAAGGACAGCAAGCAAAAUCAAGGACAGAAGCAGCCUCACACAUAAGCAGACUCUGCACUAAGUUUGGGGCCAACCUUUCCACCUCAAAUCAGCACCUGCACUAUUGAAAACACUAAUGAAAACACUCCUCUGAAGUCGUGAUUUCUUGGGCAAGGGGUGAGGGAAGCAGACAGACUGGUUGGACAUGUAGGUGGUUGUGAAGACUAGGCACUACCCCAGUUGCAGCCAACCCACAUUGCCCUGAAAUGGAUGCAACUCUAUUAUAAAAAUCCUUCUCUCCCUGUGGUACUGGUUUCUCAUACAACCUUUCAGGGAUAAGAGUCUCAUUAUAACAAGUAUGGUGGCUUGAUAGGCCAAGGGUUCAGGUUAUCCCUGGAGACCUGUUACCUUGGUGUAUUUUACUAUCUGACCUUCCCCAGCCCAAACAAAAGACAAGAAGCAUAUAUAUGUUGGAAAAAAGAAAGUAUAUUUAGAAUUAGACAGCUGGAUUUUGUUUAGAUGAUCCCAAUCUGAAAAACAAAAGGGAGCUUUGUUAUUGGAACUGAAAUGUCAUGUUUUUAAAAAGGAGGGUAGGGCUUAUCAAGGAUAGGGGUGCAGUCAGUCAGUUGUCAUAACUAAUCAGCAAGUCAGGCUUUGGUCACUAACAGACACAUCACUUACACCCAGGGAAUGGGUAUUACAGUUUGUAGCAAAAGAAGCAAGCUUACUUUGUUGGCAACGUCCAAAGCAUCAUAAUCAGGAGCCAGUCGAACAUAUGCCUUUUUCUCUCCAUCAGGCCUGGGUGGAGAAGGAAGUCUUAGUCCUUGCUGAUCUCAUGUCCCUACCUCCCCACAUACCCUUUCCCCAUCCCCUAAUCCUCUGGUGCAUCAGUGGUUCCUUUGUUCAUGUCAUUCUUUUCCAAAUAGUGAAUUUUCCAUCAUUUGCACCGAGGGGUUAGAAAAGCCAAACAAAACAAAAAACAAUUCUUUUUAUUGGAAACACUACAUUCAAGACAUAAACCAGGUAAUCUGACAAACUGCUUUGUCUCCUCUACAAAUUGAUGUAGGGAACCAGAAUUUGACUAACCUCAUGAACAAUAUCUUAAGAUAAUUUCCUCAGGUCUACACUCCAUAAAAAGGAUUAUAAUUAUAGCAGGGAGUUUGUACACUGUAAAAUCAAUGUCUGACCUCCAUAGCUCCAGCCUCCUCCCUCCCAUUCCAUGGGGCACCACUCACCUGAUCAGGGUGUUAACCUUGGCCACAUCGAUGUCAUAGAGCUUCUUUACAGCUUGUUUGAUCUGGUGUUUGUUUGCCUUGACAUCCACAAUAAACACAAGUGUGUUGUUGUCUUCAA